UCCAAAUCACAUCCGCAAACAUUUCAUGGAAAUGAGAAAUGCGCUGCAAGAGAAAGAGGAUGCCAAAUCUUUGAAAACAAGACAACGAGAAAAAAUACGACCAAAACUUGGGAAAAUUGAUAUUGAUUACGAGAAAUUUCAUGAUGCAUUUUUCAAAUGGCAAAGUAAACCCAAAAUGACAAUUCAUGGAGAAAUUUAUUUUGAAGGAAAAGAAAAUGAAACAAGAUUAAAAGAGAAAAAACCCGGUGACCUGAGUGUCGAUUUGAGAGUUGCAUUGGGAAUGCCAACUGGCCCUAAUGGGCAUAAAUGUCCACCUCCAUGGCUUAUUGCUAUGCAGAGGUAUGGUCCUCCGCCAUCCUAUCCAAACCUUAAAAUUCCGGGCCUAAAUGCAAGAAUACCUGAUGGAUGCUCUUUUGGGUACCAUGCUGGUGGUUGGGGUAAGCCCCCAGUGGACGAAUUUGGUCGACCACUUUAUGGUGAUGUAUUCGGCUUAAAUACAAUCGAAAACGAUUUGAAUAAGGGGGAAAAAGUAGAAAAGCAAUUAUGGGGUGAAAUCGAAUCCGAGGAAGAGGAAGAAGAAGAGUUGGAAGAAGAAGAAGAAGAGUUGGAAGAAGAAGAAGAAGAGUUGGAAGAAGAAGAAGAAGAGUUGGAAGAAGAA